GGGAACAAUACUUUCCACUUAAGUAUUGUCCGAAAACCACUUUAGCCAAGGCGGUUUCACAAAUACAAGUGGUAUCCUCACAGGUGGUUUUGUAGGAUUCAUUGCAUUUGGAAUGGAAAUUGGAAAAAUAACGUACCUGGAAAUAUUGAUUGCUGCUUUCCACAAAUAAAUAAAGCAAGUCAGACAUAAUUUCACCCCACAAUUCCUCUUUCUUCUUCUUCGUCUUCCUCCUCCUCUCAAUUUUUGCCCUCUUUAGGGUUCUUCCACGUUAAAAUUCUCUCUUCUAAUUCUUCUCUGUUCUUCAAUCAAUUAAAAAAAAGGUGGAGUUUUGGAAUUUGGGUGAUGAUAUGUCUUGGAUUUGUUGAUUUGUUGGUGUUUUUCUCCAUCUUUUUUGCUCAAUUACAAAGGGUUUUACAGUUUGAUCUUUACUCAUGCCUACUCUCAUCAAUUUCAGUGGGAAUGAUGAGUUAUUCAGAGGGGCGAUGUAUGCGAAUCUCAUGGAUUCAAGCAUCUUGUCUCUUACUUCUUGUAUGGAUGUCUACUACCCUCCUCUUAAGAGGUCUAGAAUCACUCCAUUUGUAUUCACAGAACAAGAGGUUAUUGUUCAAAAGAAGCAGCAGCCAUCUAUCGAAGUUCUCCCUGAUGAGUGCUUAUUUGAGAUCUUCAGAAGGUUACCAGGAAAUGAAGAGAAAAGCUUAUGUGCUUGUGUUUCUAAAAGAUGGCUUAUGCUUCUGAGCAGUAUCCGGACCGAGGAAACUGUUAAGGUGGUGUCUGAAAAAGUUAUCGAGGAAGUUCAGAGUGAUGGUUAUCUUUCAAGGUGUUUGAAAGGGAAGAAAGCUACAGACAACAGACUUGCUGCAAUUGCUGUUGGAAAUGCUGGCUCUGGUGGUUUGGGUAAGCUUUUGAUCCGAGGAGACAACAGUGUAAGUGGUGUUUCAGAUGUUGGUCUUGCAUCGAUUGCUCGUGGAUGCCCUGACUUGAGGGUGCUUUCUGUAUGGAGUGUUCCUACUGUUGGUGACGAAGGUCUAAUCGAGAUUGCAAAUGGAUGCCACAAGUUAGAAACUCUGGAUCUUAGCGAGUGCCCUUUCAUCUCCGAUAAGGCAUUGGUUGCUAUUGCUGAGAAUUGCCAUAAUUUGACUUCAUUGACAAUUGAGUCAUGUUCAAGAAUAGGGAAUGAUGGUCUUCAGGCAAUUGCAAGAGGCUGCCCAAAACUGAACUCUAUCACAAUCAAAGAUUGCCCACUUGUAGGGGACCAAGGAAUCUCAUGUUUGUUGUCUUCUUCUUCUAAUACCUUGUCGAAGGUUAAGUUCCAGAAUUUGAACAUUACUGAAGUGUCUCUUGCAAUUCUAGGUCAUUACGGCAGGAGUAUUACAGAUUUGGUACUUACUGGUCUACAGAAUGUUAGUGAAAGAGGCUUUUGGGUCAUGGGUAAUGCUAAAGGACUCCAGAAGUUGGUCUCUUUCGGGGUUACCUCAUGCCGAGGGUUUACAGAUGUAGCUAUUGAGGCAUUUGGAAAGGGCUGCCCUAAUUUGAAGAAUUUAUCCCUCCACAAGUGUUCUUUUGUUUCUGACAAUGGAUUGGUAGCUUUCACCAAGAACUCAGCAUGUAUUAAAAGCCUGCGUCUAGAGGAGUGCAAUAGGAUUUCCCAGUAUGGUGUUCUUGCUGCCAUCCCUAACUGCGGUUUGAAACUGAAGGCACUUUCCCUUGUUAAGUGCAUGGGUAUCAAGGAUAUAGUAUCAGAAGCUCAUCGUCUCACUCCCAGCAAAUCUCUGCGAUCUCUGUCUAUUAGUGACUGCCCUGGUUUCGGAAGUAUUAGUUUGGCCGUAGUUGGGCGGCUCUGCCCACAAUUGAAGAACAUAGAUCUCAGCGGUCUUUGCGGAAUUACUGAUGCUGGAUUUCUUUCAGUGGUUGAGAACUGCGAGGCUGGUUUGGUGAAGGUUAACCUAAGUGGCUGCAUAAAUAUCACAGAUGCUUCAGUUACUUCCUUGGCUAGGCUUCAUGGAGCAACCCUCCAAAGGCUAAACCUUAGUGGCUGCAGUAUGGUUACUGACGAUAGCUUGGGUUCAAUGGCAGUAAACUGUGGAAUGCUCAAAGAGCUCGAUGUUUCAAAGUGUGCUAUUACAGAUUUUGCUGUUGCUUCACUUUCUUGUGCAAAGAAUCUUGAAUUACAGAUCCUAUCCUUGGCUGGUUGCUCUCAGAUAUCAGACAAGAGCUUGCCUUAUCUAGCUGACAUGGGCGAGAUUUUAAUCGGUUUGAAUCUCCAGCAAUGCAAGUCACUAAGCAGCAGCAUGAUUGAUCUGCUCGUGGAAAGUCUCUGGAGAUGUGACAUCCUCGCUUAACACAAUCCUGGGAAGCAGUAGAAGAAGCCCUUGACAGCUGAAGGGUAAUAUUGGAUCAGAAAGUGUCAAAAUGUCAGAUAACAGUAGCCGAAGAAGAAGCAGUAUCAGAAUUCUCUCUCUCCCUUUCUCUUAUUAUUAUAGUUACCACUCUUACACGGGUAGUAGUAGCAACAUCCAUCCCACUUACUCCGUAGGUCCUCCUUUUGGUGUCUUGGUUGUUUUCCGCAGGACUUUGGCAGAUCAUUUUCUCCUAUUUUUUUCAGGUUUCCUUAAUCUCAUAAGGAAAGCUGUUGCCAGGUGUUUUGGUUCCCUAUUAUUGGGGGAGCCCCUUUUUGCCAUAGUCCUUUGUUAAUUCAGUCACCGAGUCAUAGUUACAGGGUAUCAGUUCUUUUCCGAUUUCCUUUGACGUGGGAUGGUCUCAAGUUUUUGGUAUUACCGGGUACCUCUUCCUGGUGGUGCUUUUUGGUUCUCUUUUGUUGGGGUUACAGUUCUUAAAAUGCGUCUGCGUGUGUGUCUAGUUGCAUUGGUCGUGUUGGUCUAGCUUUUAUGAAGUCGUUUAAAUAAAAUGCGGGAAAUGAUGUGUUUUCCGCAUAGUGAUUAUCGUGUCAGGUCAGGUCGAGUCGAGUGUGUUUUCCUUUCAGUUAAGUAGUACCACUGGUUUGAAGUUGUGUCUUCGAGUCAAUUGUAGUAAUGUAGUGUAGUUGCAGUGUGUGGAAGUUCAGAUGGUGGAAGUCCUAGGAUAACAGAGCUUUGGCAGUGAUAGGAGGUUCUUUUAGUCUCCUGCCAUUACGACAUUAGUCGUUUUUUUCUCUUCAUUUUCCAAGCUCUAGUUAUGUUACACGAUGCUUCCAUUUUGAAUUAUCUGUACUCUUGCAACUCUCUUUAUGUUACAUGAAUAAAAAUGUUAUUAUUAGUGUUUUAUAA